AGUCAUCUUCAGGCUUUUGAAGUGAGAAGGUGCAAAAGAAACAAAAUAAUUAAAAACAACACAAGACUCAACCUACUUAGUCAAAGAAAAUUCUGGUCAGCAUCAUUCAUUUUAAUGAACAAUUGAAGAUUAUUCUUUUGCACAAUACUAAAGUUCGACAAGAAGAAGAAAGUUUGAAGCAUAAUAAGAAAAGAAAAGAUAAAAAGAAAUAAAACAGUUUAACUGUUAUUUGACUUCGUUUUCAAGCCACAUUACAUUCUUACAUUUCACUGCUGCCGUUCACAAACAUCAAACGUAAUCAAUCGAGUUUCGUGUUAAAUAAAUUGUUCCAUUAGAAACAUACAAUUAUGAAUAAAUUUGUCGUCUUGUUAGUUAUUUUGUUGAAAAUUCUCAGCUGCAUAAAAGCUGAAACUCCAUAUUUCGUCGAGAAGUGUUAUCGUGAUGACCCGGAAGUUGACGAGUGCCUAAAAUACUCUGGCAACAAGCUUGCAAGCUUCUUACACGAGGGAAUACCUGAGUUGGGACUUGAUGAAGUUGAGCCAACAGUUAUCGAUGAAAUAACAAUUGCCCUUGGAGAUGGACCGGAUGCUUACAGAGCUACUUUUUCAAAUAUUGAAGCCUACGGUGUCAGUAACAUAAGUCUUGCAAGAGUCAGAUCAGAUAUUGAUACUUACCAGUUUCAAUUAACUUAUGAAAUCCCUAGAAUCAGAGUCAGAUCGAAUUUUAGAUCAUCUGGAGUUUUACUUCUUAUUAAAGCAGCUGGAUCGGGAGAAUAUUGGGGUGAUUACGAAAACGUCAGAUGCAAAGUUUACUUCAAAGGAGUUCCUUAUCAAAAGGAAGAUGAUGACAGAACAUUCUUGAGUGUUGAAAGAGUGAAAAUGGAUUUCAGUGUGCAGGAAAUAACAAUGGGAGUUGAGAGUGAAACCGACAAUCGAGUCAUUCAGGCCGCAAUGAAUUUAUUCAUCAACUCAAACGCUCAAGAACUUUUGAGAGAAAUGAAGCCAGCAUUGAAAGCAAAGUUUACAGUUCUUUUACACAACUUUAUGGAAAAUCUCUUUUCAAAAAUUCCAUUCGAUGAAUGGGUGGAAUAAUGAAAAUUUGUUGUUGUUUUUCUUUAUAAAGUUUUUAUAUUUAUUUAUUGAAAUGUGAAAUAAAUAUUUUAAAUAAACCUUAAAUAAA